AUCCUUGACUUCGUCUUCAUCUUCAUCAUAAUCAAUAAUCUCUCUCUCCUUUUUCUCUCAUCGACGAACCAUGGCGAGCCUCUGGCGGGCAGCGAUGGGAUCUACUCAAGCGCCGGACGAUUACGAAGGCGUGGAGUUCUGGUCCAACCCUGAGCGAGUAGGAUGGUUGACCAAACAAGGUGAGUACAUCAAGACAUGGCGCCGUCGAUGGUUCAUCCUCAAGCAAGGUAAACUCUUCUGGUUCAAGGAAUCAAUCGUCACGCGAUCCUCAAGGCCUCGUGGUGUCAUCCCCGUAGCCACCUGCUUAACUGUCAAAGGUGCCGAAGAUGUUCUUAACAAGCAAUUCGCAUUCGAACUCUCCACUCGUGCUGAGACUAUGUACUUUAUCGCCGAUUCUGAAAAGGAGAAGGAAGACUGGAUUAAUUCAAUUGGUAGAUCAAUCGUUCAGCAGUCCAGAUCAGUUACCGACAGGGAGAUUGUUGAUUACGAUAACAAGUAAUGAUUGAUUCUCUGUAAAUUCUAAAUAUAUAAAAAAAAAAACGUCUAGGUAUGCUUUGAUCUUACUUUCCUCGAACGAUCUGUGCAUUUCCAUGUUAUUUGCGUGAUUACAUAUCAAAUUCAGAACCGUAUGCUUUUGUGGAGUCGGUCUUGCCAUCUCAAUUUCAUGAUGAAGCUCUGGGAAUUGUGGACCGGUUGUAUACCAUUUUCCUAAAACUUAUCAAAUAAACUUGAUUCCUGAA